GAGCUGCUUCCGCAGGGUAUGUUUGGACGGUCCAGCUGACUCAUCUUACCGUUUGUAUAAAUGGUUGUUAGUGCUCUGCCUCUGAGCACCGCAGCUCCUGAGAUUGAAGCCCUUGGUUAAACUGAAUCACUAAAACUGAAAAGGCGGAAACACUCCAGAUGUCUUCCAAUAGUUACCAAGUUUCUAUCCCAAUGUCCAAAAGAAACACCAAUGGCAUGCCGGAGACAACCUCCAAUAAUCUGAAGACGUUUACUGGAGGAGCUGUGUUAAGUUUUCAUAACAUCUGCUAUCGAGUAAAAGUGAAGAGUGGCUUUCUACUUUGUCGGAAAACAAUUGAGAAAGAAAUACUAAAGAAUGUCAAUGGGGUCAUGAAACCUGGCCUCAACGCCAUUCUGGGACCCACAGGUGGCGGCAAAUCUUCGUUGUUAGAUGUCUUAGCUGCAAGGAAAGAUCCACGUGGAUUAUCUGGAGAUGUUUUGAUCAACGGAGCACCUCGACCUGCCAAUUUUAAAUGUAACUCAGGUUACGUGGUACAAGAUGAUGUCGUGAUGGGAACUCUGACUGUGAGAGAAAACUUACAGUUCUCGGCAGCUCUUCGGCUUCCAACAACUAUGACAAAUCAUGAAAAAAGUGAACGGAUUAACAUGGUCAUUCAAGAGUUAGGUCUGGAUAAAGUGGCAGAUUCCAAGGUUGGAACUCAGUUUAUCCGUGGUGUGUCUGGAGGAGAAAGAAAAAGGACUAGUAUUGCAAUGGAGCUUAUUACUGAUCCAUCUGUCCUUUUCCUGGAUGAGCCCACAACUGGCUUAGAUUCAAGCACAGCAAAUGCUGUCCUUUUGCUCCUGAAGAGAAUGUCUAAACAAGGACGGACAAUCAUCUUCUCCAUUCAUCAGCCUCGUUAUUCCAUCUUCAAGUUGUUUGAUAGCCUUACCUUGUUGGCCUCAGGAAGACUAAUGUUCCACGGGCCUGCUCAGGAGGCCUUGGGUUACUUUGAAUCCAUGGGUUACCACUGUGAGUCCUAUAAUAACCCUGCAGACUUCUUCCUGGAUGUCAUUAACGGAGACUCCUCUGCUGUGGUGUUAAACAGAGAAGACACAGAUGGUGAAGCCAAGGAGACUGAAGAGCCUUCCAAGAAAGAUUCUCCACUCAUAGGAAAAUUAGCUGAGUUUUAUGCCAACUCCUCCUUCUUCAAGGAAGUGAAAGUUAAGUUAGAUCAACUCUCAAGGGAUCAUAAGAAGAGGAAGAUUUCAGUCUACAAGGAGAUCACCUAUGCCACCUCCUUCUGUCAUCAACUCAGAUGGAUUUCCAGGCGUUCAUUCAAAAACUUGCUGGGUAACCCCCAGGCUUCUAUAGCCCAGAUAAUUGUAACAAUCAUCCUGGGACUGGUGAUAGGUGCCAUUUUCUAUGAUCUAAAACAUGAUCCUACCGGAAUCCAGAACAGAGCCGGGGUGCUCUUCUUCCUGACGACCAACCAGUGUUUCACCAGUGUGUCGGCCGUGGAGCUCCUGGUGGUUGAGAAGAAGCUCUUUAUACAUGAAUAUAUCAGUGGAUACUACAGAGUGUCAUCUUACUUCUUUGGAAAACUGUUAUCUGAUUUACUCCCCAUGAGAAUGUUGCCAAGUAUUAUAUUUACUACUAUAACGUACUUCCUAUUAGGAUUGAAGCCGCAGGUGGAGGCCUUCUUCAUCAUGAUGUUUACGCUGAUGAUGGUGGCUUAUUCUGCCAGUUCAAUGGCACUGGCCAUAGCAGCAGGUCAGAGCGUGGUAUCCAUAGCAACACUCCUCAUGACCAUCUCUUUUGUGUUUAUGAUGAUAUUUUCAGGGCUGUUGGUCAAUCUCAAAACCAUUGUGCCUUGGCUCUCAUGGCUUCAGUACUUCAGCAUCCCUCGAUACGGCUUUACGGCUUUGCAGCAUAAUGAAUUUUUGGGACUAAACUUCUGCCCGGGACUCAAUGUAACAAUAAACAGUACCUGUAACUAUGCAACAUGUACUGGCGAAGAAUUUCUGGUGAACCAGGGCAUCGACAUCUCGGCCUGGGGCCUGUGGAAGAAUCACGUGGCCCUGGCAUGCAUGAUAGUCAUCUUCCUUACCAUCGCCUACCUGAAACUGUUAUUCCUGAAAAAGUUUUCUUAAAUUCCUCUUUAAUUUACAUGAUUUAGCCCACAUUGAAAAGGGAACAUCUUGCUCUCUUGAUUUCAGUAUUCAGUGAA